AUGUCGACAAAGGAAGAACCAGGAGUCCCACAAGAAAAGAAGGAGGAAGAACAAAUUAACUUGCGUGUAGCCAACUCUGAUGGCUCAGAAGUUUAUUUCAAGAUCAAAAAGACUACUCCAUUAAAGAAGCUUUGUGACGCUUUUUGUCAAAGACAAGGUAUUAACCCAAACUCUGUUCGUUUCUUGUUUGAAGGUCAAAGAAUCAACCCAGAUCGUACCCCAAAGGAUUACAAUAUGGAGAAUGAAGAUCAAUUAGACUGUGCCAUUGAACAACAAGGUGGCAGCUUUUAA